UCACCAAUUUAUUUAUGAGGUCUUUUUCUCCCAUCCCUAUAUAUCUCAAACAAACAUUUUCCAAAUAAAAAAAAUACUCCAAGUUGCAUAGUAUUUACUAACUUUGAGUCCAACCACACUCCCUCCCAAAUUCAACGAUCUGUUAAGAGUUCAAGUCAAACCAAACCUUCCAUCUCCAAGAUCCAUUUCCACAACAUGACUAUACAAUAACACAAACACAAACACAUAAUCAACAAAUCAAACCCAACCAUGUCAACACAACAAGAUUCAACAACAACAAUAACAAAAACAAACAACAAAAAUCCAUUGUUAUCAAUCCUAACAGAACCAAUAGAAUGGCUAACAAUGUUAACAAACAACCUAAACCCAACAUUCAUAGCAGGAAUAUUCCUAGUAUAUGGUAUAGGCCAAGGUUUCACAGGCUCACUCUUCAAACUAGUCACUGAUUACUAUUGGAAAGACGUUCAAAAACUCCAACCUUCAACAGUUCAACUCUACGUAGGAAUAUACUUCAUACCAUGGAUUCUAAAACCUAUCUGGGGAAUUCUAACCGAUGCUUUUCCGAUAUUGGGAUAUCGUCGGAGGCCUUAUUUUGUCGUUGCUGGAGUUGUUGGGACGGUGUCUGCUACGAUUGUUGCGGUGGGAGGUGAGGUGAGUGUGGUUGCUGCGUUGAUGUGUUUUGUUGGUGUGAGUGCUAGUCUUGCUAUUGCUGAUGUUACUAUCGAUGCUUGUAUUGCAAGGAAUAGUAUUGAGGUUCCUGGUUUGGCUCCUGAUUUGCAGAGUUUGUGUGGGUUUUGUUCUGGUUCUGGUGCUCUUCUUGGUUAUCUUGCUAGUGGUUUCUUUGUUCAUCAUCUUGGUCCUCAGGGGUCGCUUGGUCUUAUGGCGGUUUUUCCUGCUUUGACAAUUGUUCUGGGUUUUGUGAUCUAUGAAAAGAGAACUACUGGCUUGCAUAAUGAAAAGAAGAAGGGGGUAGUGGAAAAUGUAGGAACGACAAUUCGAAGCAUGUACAAAACAAUAAAGUAUCCUCAAGCAUGGAAGCCUUCUCUUUACAUGUUCCUUUCCCUUGCUCUUAAUGUAACCACUCAUGAAGGCCAUUUUUACUGGUAUACUGAUUCGAAAGUCGGCCCUGCAUUCUCUCAGGAGUUUGUUGGUAUAAUCUAUGCAAUUGGAGCAGUGGCUUCAAUAAUAGGAGUUCUAAUCUACCACAAGUAUCUAAAAAACUACACAUUCAGAAACUUAGUAUUCUAUGCACAACUCCUAUAUGCAAUAUCAGGUCUAUUGGACUUAAUCUUCAUUCUACGUUGGAAUUUGAAAAUUGGAAUCCCUGACUACUUUUUUGUUGUGAUUGAAGAUGCUGCUAUAAGAAUCACAGGCAAAAUAAGGUGGAUGCCUAUGAUGGUACUAAGCACAAAAUUAUGUCCAUUAGGAAUUGAAGGAACGUUUUUUGCUUUGUUAAUGUGUAUUGAUAGCAUUGGUGGCCUUAUAUCAAAAUGGGGUGGAGGGUUACUUCUACGUGCCCUUCAUGUUACUAGAACUGAUUUUACUAACCUAUGGUUGGCUGUUCUUUUAAGAGACAUUCUUAGAUUUAUUACACUUAUUUUGGUUUUUCUUGUUCCUAAUGUUGGGCCUUAUGAGGAGUUGAUUUCUUCUGAGGUUUGUGAAAUGAGUAAGAGUGACGAUAUUGAUGAAGAAACCUUGGAGCUUGUUCCUUUAAAUGCCAAAACUGAAGUUUAGAGAAAUUUUAUGUUACACAUGUUUACCACUAUAUGCAGUUACAUCAACAUGCAUAUACUUGCAAGAUUUUUGUAUAAGAUUCUUGUAUAGAUUAUGUUUAUUAACAUUUAACAGGAAUGGUAUACACGAAAAUUAUUUACUUUGGAUUUUUUUUAA